AUGGAUACUGCACCGAAGAACUCGUCGUUAUUUGACGUAUUUCUACGACUCCGACCCGCACCCUCCAAAGCGAAUGAGCGAUUUCUGGACGUUGAGCCGACAGAAGCGGACUGCAAGCCGACGCACAUCACCAUCAAGCCGCCUUCGAACGACCAUCGGAAGAGGGCAGUGGAAAAGUUUGCGUUCACGAGAGUGUUUGAAGAAUAUGCUCAACAACUCGACAUAUUUGAGGGCAUAAAAGCUCGCCACCUGAUCGAAGGGGUUGUCGGCGUGGAUGGACAACCUGGACGGGAUGGACUGCUCGCUACGCUCGGAACUGGGCAGAGUCACACAAUAUUGGGAUCGAAAUCCCAGCGAGGCCUCACCCAGCUCUCUUUAGAGGUCUUAUUCCGAAGCCUCUCCUCCCAUCUCGUACACCCACACAGCGCUUCCGCAGUGUUCCCAUCAUUAUGCGCCUCGGACAUCUCUGAUGCCCAGCUUCUCCCUGCGAACGUGUUCCUUGAGAACUUGUUCGGCGAUGGCCAGUCUGAGCGGGGACGAGUUUCCAGAGCGCAGACGCCGUUACCGGAACGCUUCAAACGCGGCUUUGUGCAAAGCGGUCAACUUCACACUCGCUUGCAAUCUGCCAUUGAUCCCCCAACGACAAUCCGGCCCGUAUGCGUCGCUACCAACACCAUUCCUACUUCACAAGUCACAAAAAGUGCACAUCAGCUAAACAAUUCGCCUUCAAAGGAUUCGACCUCGUUCCUUAGCCUCCCGCCCACACAAUCCCGCCGAAUCCAAAUCCCGCGCCUUUCGACCCUACCACAAUCGCCUGCCCUCCCCGAAAAUGCCGGCGUUCCUGCCGACGGCAACGCCGAAUACUCGAUCAUCAUCUCCAUGUACGAAGUCUACAACGACCGGAUCUUCGACCUGCUAUCCGGCAGCGCCGUGAAUGGGCCUCCUGCGUCGUUGUCGUACAAGACGGGAGGUACCCUGAAAGAGCGACGCCGGGCGUUAUUAUUCAAACCGACGGAGAUGUCGCCGGAUCGGAAAGUUGUGGCGGGGUUGCGUAAACUGGUGUGUAGCACCCUUGAUGAAGCGCUGAUGGUUCUCGAAACAGGUCUCUUAGAACGCAAGGUCGCUGGUACGGGGAGCAAUGCGGCGAGUUCGCGGAGCCACGGAUUCUUUUGCGUGGAGGUGAAGAAGAGAGAUCGGAUCGCAAAGGGGCGGUGGGAAGGAAGCACGAUGACGAUCGUCGAUUUGGCUGGAUCCGAGCGCGCUCGUCAAGCGAAGACCGCUGGCGCCACACUUGCAGAGGCUGGAAAAAUCAAUGAGAGCUUGAUGUAUCUCGGACAAUGCAUGCAGCUCCAAAGCGACAACCAAGAUGGAAGCAAGAAUAUCGUUCCUUUCCGACAAUGCAAGCUGACCGAGCUGCUUUUCUCGAACUCUUUCCCAUCCGCUCAACACCAAAUGAGCCAAUCACGUACUCCCCAGAAGUCCAUCAUGAUCGUCACAGCAGAUCCAAUGGGCGAUUUCAACGCCACAUCUCAAAUCCUCCGCUACUCGGCCCUUGCCCGAGAAGUCACCGUGCCUCGCAUUCCUUCCCUCACGAGUCAGAUCCUCUCCGGCAACGCGAACCUCCCUAGCAGCCGUAUGGACCACAGCAACAACCAGAACCCCGCGAAUGGCAUGCUUGCCGAGGAGCUCGAAUCAUCACGCGAAGACAUCGCGCGUCUAUCCGAGCAACUCGAGGUCCUUUCCGUACAUCUCACGAAAGAGACCUCCCGGCGGCGCGCUGCUGAGGCAAGUUGGAAAGCCAUGGAAGAACGCAUGCAAUCCGUCGAACAGAACAUCCGAGACGAGAUGCUGGAAGAGAUGGAAGUGCGGGUCGAGGCGGAGCGACGGCGGUGGAAAGGCGCAUGGGAUGAGGAGGCCGAUCGGUAUGACGAGCAUAUGGAUCGGAAGUUGGAGAUCCUGGCGCAGGGAAUCAAGAUUUAUGAGGAUCCGGAACCGGGCACCGUGGACCAGGUGCAGGAGCUGGAGGAUGAAAAUGCAUCGUUGAGGAGGAAGAUACAGGACUUGGAGAGGGAAAUGGGCGCGAGGACACCAUCGAAGAAGCAGCGGGUGCUGAAGUCGAGGAAGUGGGAAGUUGAUGUGAACUUGGAGAGCCCCUGAUGUUGCAACGAUUUUGUUUGUUCUGGCACGCAUUUGGAGACUGUUUGAAUAUUAGCAUUGGCGUUAGCACGUUAUGACGUACGAGAAGGAGUACAUACCUGAGGAAUAGAUUUCGGUAUCUUGACUAAAAUGCCUGUCAAAGAUGCUCUCCUUGCUGAAGCUAGUCCAUAGGGUCGUACGGAGACCGAAUCAUACCUCUGGGUGU